AAAAGUUUAGCUAGAAACCUUUUUCAGUUCGGGAAUGACAGAUGAUGUUGGUCCAUCCACUGCUCAGUUUUUUACAACCCAUACACCUUCAGAUCAUCCCAAAGACGCUGAUCCUGUUGAUAAGGAGAUCGCAAGUUUAGUAAAAGAUUUCAGUGACGAUGAGUUGCGGAAGUUCUUCAGUUUAGAGGAUACAAUUCAAUGGAUAAUUACAAACUCGUAUAGGCGGGUUGCUCUUCAACUGCCAGAUCAAUGCUUGUCGCGAGCUUGUCGCAUCGCAAAGUUGAUAGAAUCUCACACGAACGCCAAAACAUUCGUACUGGCAGACACUUCGUACCGAAGUUGUUGUGUCGAUGAAGUUGCUGCCGCUCAUGCUUCUUGCGAUGCUAUAGUCCAUUAUGGAGAUGCCUGUUUAAGUGCUCUUACAGAAAAGAUACCUGUCAAAUUCGUUUUUGGAAGUUUCCCUGUGGAUAUAACGGCAUUUGAAGGUGUCAUGCCAUAUCUGAGCUGCACCAAAGACAGGCCUGUUCUUCUGCUUACCGAUGCCUGCUACUCCGAUAGCAUGGCCGCACUCGAAGAGGCUGUUGAGCGUUGCCUUCCCUCAACGCAGAUAUAUCGAGCUGCUGUUGUCGAUCCUACCCAGGAGAUCGCCCAUGAUGUUCUAAAUAAUACACUUUCCUUUGGUCGUAUCAUGCCUCGAGAAUUGUGUGAGGCUUCAUCUGUAUUUUUGUGUUUUGUUGGGGGUACAACUAGUCCAUUACUGUCGUUAUGGUUGAUGACGUAUCCUCAAUGUGAAUCUGUGAUAGUUUUUGAUCCACAGACUUCCGCGAUCCAGCAACAGUCGUCACAUUCUUUGCGACAACUGCGCAAACGUUUGUUUCUCAUAGAAAAACUGCGCGAUGCGCAUACUGUCGGACUGGUCGUGGGAACCGUUGGAGUGCGUGGACAUAUCGAAGCAGUACAAAGGGUGCGAAAGCUGUGCAAAGCUGCUGGUAAACGGCUAUACGUCAUCUCAGUCGGAAAGAUCAACGUUCCAAAAUUAUCAAAUUUUGCCGAAAUAGAUGCCUUCAUACUGUUGUCAUGCCCGUUUGGAAUCAUUCUCGACUCUUCGGAUUACUUCCGUCCUAUUCUGUCAAUGUUUGAAGCUGAAAUGGCGUUGAAUCCGUCGAAGUCGUGGAGCGGCUAUGAUAAAUGGAGCGCCGACUUCACUUCCUUCACAAACGAUGAGGUCGGUUGCCUUGAUGGUGAUCACACGGAUGUGAGCUUGGUGACCGGUAGGAUACGAGCAGGACCAGCCGCAGAUUCAGAAGCCAAAAACUCGGGGGAGAUACUUCCCUAUGAGAAAGGCGACUAUUUCAAAUCUCGUACGUGGCGCGGGUUAGACGCGGAUGUACGAUUGGAUGAGUCUACGAAAGUGGAAGAGGGAAGAACAGGAACGGCCCUGAGCUACGAUACAGAGCCGCCUACGCUAAAGGAGUGAACUAAGUGAUUGUGAGCUUCUUGCGGUCCUUGGUUCAGAUGUAUAGGAAAUUUUUGCAAAAUAAUUUUGUAGUAUGCAUGUCCUAAGUAUCUAUCAGCUUUUAUACGAAUGUUGACAGUUGUUGUUACUCGUUGUUGUUAUGACUGUCUAUAUAAAGAUGCAAUCUAU